AUGGGUACUCCUGAACAGGCCGCUGAGGUCAAGGAGAAGAAGCAGAGGAAUGUUAUGCGCGAGCUGAAGAUCCAGAAGCUCUGCCUGAACAUUUGCGUCGGAGAAUCCGGUGAUAGGCUGACCCGUGCCGCUAAGGUGCUGGAACAGCUCACUGGCCAGACCCCCGUGUUCUCGAAGGCCCGCUACACCGUGCGUACCUUCGGAAUCCGGAGAAACGAGAAGAUCUCCGUUCACUGCACCGUCCGCGGACCCAAGGCCCAGGAGCUCCUCGAGCGUGGCCUGAAGGUCAAGGAAUACGAGUUGUACCGCGAGAACUUCUCCCGCUCCGGCAACUUCGGCUUCGGCGUGCAGGAGCACAUCGAUCUGGGCAUCAAGUACGACCCGUCGAUCGGUAUCUACGGAAUGGACUUCUACGUUGUGCUCGAUCGCGCCGGACGCCGUGUCGCCAAGCGGAGAAGGGCCCCGGGACGUGUCGGUGUUUCUCACCGUGUCGGCCAGGAGGAGUCCGUCAAGUGGUUCCAGGCUAAGUACGAUGGUAUCAUCCUCCCGCCCAAGCCCAAGGAGAAGAAGCGCGGUUUCCACGGAAAGAGGAAG